AUGAGGAACAACCAGACCUGGAUCACAGAGGCCGUCCUGCUGGGGUUCCAGGUUGACCCAGCGCUGGAGGUUUUCCUCUUUGGGUUAUUUUCACUGUUUUACAGUCUUACCAUGUUGGGGAACGGGACCAUACUAGGGCUCAUCUGGCUGGACCCCAGACUGCACACCCCCAUGUACUUCUUCCUCUCACACCUGGCCGUCGUUGACAUGUCCUACGCCUCGAGCACUGUUCCCAAGAUGCUAGCAAAUCUCGUGAUGCAGAAGAAGACCAUCGCCUUUGGUCCAUGCCUUCUGCAGACGUUUCUGUACCUGGCGCUCGCGGUCACGGAGUGCAUGGUUCUGGUGGUGAUGUCCUAUGACCGGUACGUGGCCAUCUGCCACCCCUUGCAGUACACCAUUGUGAUGAGCUGGAGGGUGUGCACGGGUCUGGCUGCCACCUGCUGGGUCUUUAGCUUCCUUUUGGCGCUGGUGCAUCUCUCUCUUAUUCUGAGACUGCCUUUCUGUGGUCCACAAACAAUCAACCACUUUUUCUGUCAAAUCAUGUCAGUAUUCAAGCUGGCCUGUGCAGACACCAGACUCAACCACGUGGUCCUCUUUGCUGGCUCUGUGUGUGUGUUGGUGGGACCCCUCUGCCUGGUGCUGGUCUCCUACACCCGCAUCCUCGUCGCCAUCCUGAGGAUCCAGUCUGGGGAGGGGCGCAGAAAGGCCUUCUCCACCUGCUCCUCCCACCUCUGUGUGGUGGGGCUCUUCUUUGGCAGUGCCAUCGUCAUGUACAUGGCCCCCAAGUCCAGCCAUUCUCAAGAACAGAAGAAGAUUCUGUCUCUCUUCUACAGCCUUUUCAACCCAAUGCUGAACCCCCUGAUUUACAGCCUGAGGAACGCAGAGGUGAAGGGCGCCCUCCGGAGGGUGCUGUGGAAACAGAGACCAAUGUGA